AUGCAAAAAAGCAUUGGUUUGGCGCAGCCAAGGGUUCUGUGUACAUACAAAUCAUGGAAUAUCUCAUUCAGUGAUUUAGAGGCGGAUGCCAAAGCAUUGCUGCAAAAAAUUGAUGAAUUGGAGCAGCAGAAGCUGAAAGUGUCGGAGAAAGUGAUACAGCUGGUGCAGCGACGAACCGAGUACCCGUCCAUUCUCGCCGGGCACCUCGCAAAACGAGAGCAACAUCGCCUUACCAGAACAAGAGAUGCCCCUUUGGAGUUGCCAAAAUUGGAGGACGGUGAAGAACGGGAGAAACUGCUCGCGAGUAUCCUCAAAAUGAAGGAAUUUGAGGAAGAGAACAAGCGGCUUACUCAUCAACUCGAAACGAGAGAUGCCCCUUUGGAGUUGCCAAAAUUGGAGGACAGUGAAGAACGGGAGAAGCUGCUCGCGAGUAUCCUCAAAAUGAAGGAAUUUGAGGAAGAGAACAAGCGGCUUGCUCAUCACCUCGAAACGCUGAACAACGAAAACGAGGAGCAUGCCAGGAAGCUAAGUGAGCGCGAGAAGGAAUUUAGGGAUAUUUUUUCUUAA